UGACGUAUUCAAGCUAAAGAUGGCGGCUCUGAGAAAUUUCUCUGUAUGUUUGCGCCUAAAAACCGGACCCCUGAGGGCUGGGUUUUUCAGAGAGGUCUGCAAACCAAUUCUGUCACCUGAGAGGCGAUAUGCCAUUAACACGGCAGUGAAUAACCUACAUUUUAAACUCGAUGAGCGGACGGCACACAGUAGCUUGGAUCUCUUCAAGAAGGACACGGGUGUCAUCUACCGUAUUCUCGGUUUGGACCCAAGCCUGGUUAUGGAUAACCCAGAACGGUUCCGGGACUGGGCUGUAGUGUUUGGAGAUUGCCAGGUCACAAGUGGGCGCCACUACUGGGAGGUGACUGUGCGCAAAUCCGAGGAGUUCAGGUUGGGGGUUGCUGAAGCAGGAAUGGCAAGGGAUGAGUGUGUUGGCACCAACAGCAGCUCCUGGGUCUUUGCUUACUCUCAGCGGAAGUGGUACUUCAUGAGUACCAAUAAGAUGGUGCCUUUGUCGGGUGUGGGCAAGCCCGAUCGUGUGGGUCUAUUGUUGGAUUAUGGGCUGGGCCUGCUGGGACUGGUAGAUGUCCAUAAGCCCCAGGUGAUUCACUCAAUUCGGGCUCAGUUUAGGGCUCCCCUUUGCCCUGCAUUCGCACUUUGGGAUGGAGAGUUACUCACACACUCUGGUUUGGAGGUUCCACAGGGUCUGGACUGAUGGCAGGGCGCUUUCCAAUGAAAUGGGCCAGCAUUGCAACGGGACUCCGUAUGGGAUGAGAAAAAUAAGAAGAGAAUGUAUAUUGUGACUACCUUGGCAGUGUGAAAUGGACAGAUACACGAGUGGCAUUACAGUGUUGUUACAAGCUCCCCACAAAGCAAAUAUCAGCCCCAGGACAAGGGGUCAAGCUUGGUUCAGAAAAUUAACUCACCCUGCAUAAAUUGGCAAUUGAGUACACAGCAACUGAAAUUCUGAGUGCUUAUCAGGUUCGGAUGUUGAGAGUAUUUACUUAAAUGCCUUCAGCCAGUUCAAGUCAUUGUCGUGCCAGAAAGUGUAAAAUGUUUAAACAAAUUAAAAACAUUUAAAACUACAUUAUAGGUGUUGCCUUAGGCUAGUAUUCAGGGUUGAAAAUUAAGAAAGUGAUGUUUUGUGUUGUAAAAUCAAAAUGAAGGCAAUAUUAAGAAUGUGGAAUCUUUCUUGGACCUGAUAAAAUGGUUUAAUAUAAACAACUGUACUUUACAGUGUGGUCUUUAUAUUGAAAUAGUGUUUUUGCAUGCAUUACUUCUGGUUUAUUACAGUGAAGGCUUUGCCGUUUAUAAAAAAUACAAGUGAAAAUGGAUAUUCUCUUUCGGAAUAAUUUCGAGCCACCAAAUAAUGUAAUCAAAGUGUCUUUAUAGACAACUGCAGACAGAAUAAAAUUAUGUAAUAUAAUAGGAACAAAUGUAGAGGUGGAAAGUUCAAAGCGAAAGAGAUAUUUGUGUACCUUUUAGUUGCACAGGAAAAACAACACUGCAGCUACUCAUACCUGAAUAAGCUCUCUUGGGCUAAUGGUCGGUAAUCUUUGCCAACCAAAUUGCCCACUUUCUCUCUUUGUUCUUUUUAUACUUACUGCAGCUGUGCGGAUCAAAUUCAGUCUUCAGUCAGCAGAUUAUUUAAAUAUAUUGCUACAUAGCUAUUUUAGGUGGUGUGAACUUGACAAUACCUGUGUGGAAUUCAACCAGUGGUGAGUCCAUUGAAAUGCAGAUGAAACCAGUGAAAUUAAAUUGCUAGGAAGAAGGCUUUCUGUGAGUUAGGCGAUCAUUAAAAAUAGAAUAAAAAAUGAUUGAUUUAGAUGGGGUCCAUAAGCCAGGAUUUAUCUGUUUAAUAAUGUUAAAGGAGCUCUAUCCUGGAGCCUCACAAGGGUAUGAAAGGGACGCAUUGCUCUUGACACUCGUGACUCUAAAAUAAUACAGAAACAGUCAAUAUGCUUUCUUAGCUUUAAGACCUUCAUAAAAUCUUAAGCUGAACCCACUACCCUUUGCUUGAAAGCAGCAAGGUUCAGUUUAUAUAUAAGGACAGAAAGGGCAACUACUGGUUACUGUCUCACUUGCAUUGUGAUAACAUUUCUGGACUCCCACUGCACCUUGGCUCACAUUGCCAAUGUGAUGUUAAUUUGUCUUGCUACGGAGACUAAAAUGUGCUGUAUUUUUCUGGCACUCAUUUCGACUUUGACUGGCAACCUCAUAGAGAGUCAACCUCUCCUGGAUUUUGAAAUUGAUGAAAAAUUGCAAACUGUUACUGAGGAAAACCUUGUGGGUCACCUGGCCAAGUUGCUGGUGAGAUUUUUUUUCCUUCUCAGAUACAUAAUGGGAGGUAGCAUGGUGGUGCAGUGGUUAGCACUGUUGCCUCACACCUCUGGGACCCGGGUUCGAGUCUCCGCCUGGGUUACGUGUGUGGAGUUUGGUACACACUACCCAUUGUCUGCUGUUUUUACUUAGAACUCCAAAUUUCUUAUGAGAAAAAAAGAUCUUAUCUUCAACAUUAUUAUACUUUAGUGUAGAUGUAUCUUAUGGGAAGAUAAUUAGCAGAAGUCAUCUCUCCAGUGUUCUAAUUGUAUGACUGGUCAAUGCAUGAACAGCACAAUAACAGAAACCAAGUAUUUUAGGACCGUGAAAAUCAAUGAAAUUCUGAAGUAAGAGAGCAUAUCCUGACUCUCCUCCAGUCAUUUUUCCAAAAAUCUUCAAGCCAUGAUCCUGGACGUUCUAUGUCCCACCAGGCAAAGAGGUCAGUCCCAUGCAGCCCAUAGCUUAUGGUAAAUUCCAUGGUCAUAGAAAGCACUUGUGAAACAUGAUAGCAGUUGUUGGCAAUAUAACUUAAUGUCGUCUUGUGAGUGAAUGACCUUAGUGACAAGAGUGUCACUAGGGAUUUCUGAAACAUUUACUUUGGGGACCUGACAUAGAUUAAAAUGAAUGAGAACGGUGUUUAAGCUGAUUAUGAACGUUUAUUUGGAACGGAUAAACAGCGUUUUAGAGGGUUAAAAGCCCCCGCUUAGUGAUGUAAGGUUGGCUGUUUGAAUGCUUCUUUGCCAUUUGUAUCCAUGUCCGUACGUGAAUCAAUGGCUACUGUGAACGGCGAUGGACUCCACCCGCAGUUUUCGCAAAUGGUGAUGCCGCAAAGGUUUGGGAAAAAGUAACACGGUUUUCAAACCCACAUAAAGUCCAUCCAUUACGUUUAUUUUACUCGAGACUGGUGGAAGGCAGGCAAGCAGCAAAUUAUCAUACUUCGUAUAACAUUCAACUUGCACUUCCAAUAAAGCUUAAAAAUUACA